AUGAGCCAUUUAUUGCUUUCUCUGGAGCCGGAAGACUCUCCCAUUGCUCAAGAUAUCUCGCCGGAUGGUGUCGAAGUCUACGAAGUGCCAUCGACGCGUUCACAAAAGCUAGCUAGAAAUCUAGAACGCAUUCGACUGCAAAAGACAUUAAAUGCUGGCAAUGAUGAAGCUAACGAGACCAAGAACAGCAAGGAAGAACCACCCAAAGUCUAUCCGACAGUGCAAAUUAUUCGCGCUGUAGAGCAAGCAAGGUUUGAGAUGAAUUUAUUAAACCAAACUGUGGAAAGAUUCGUAUUUGGUACACGUGGCCCAUAUCCAUCACGUCCUUACACUGAUGAUGCAUCGCAACUGACCAUGAUACGAGCUGAUGGACGUAAAGGACCACGGUUGGAACGUCAAAUAGAAGAGUUGCAGACCGUCUUGGGAGCUAAAGAUAAUGCACUUCGACAGGUAUCAGACACAUUGAACAAAUCAGCCGAAAAGAUUCAAAACUUGUUGAAAUCGGAGCACUCCUUCUUUGAAGAAUAUGUGCCGAAUAUGAGAAGGGCUGGAUGGUUUCUACAAACAAGGUUACGAGCACGAGCUUCAUUUGAAGGCGGUGGAGUAGCUCCCACGCCGAUUCGUGAAUAUUAUGUUGAUUAUGGAUAUAAUGCAGCUGGAUCAACGUUUGAAAGCUGUGAAGCUUUUGUCAUGCGUCGAUUGGAUGGUGGAGAAGAUCAAGAGGUUAGAUUAGAACUGAAACAUAAGAAGACGAGGCGUAUGGUGGCUUCUAUAAUAGGUCAAUCACAGACUAGAACUUCAAAGUUCGUGAAGACAGAUGUCACCAUACCACAAACAGUUCCUAUGCAACUGCUAGCUGCUCAAUCGACAGCCUUUGAGAUUGAGCUCUUUAAACGAAUAUUGUCUGAUAUAGCAUCAGAUCCAUACUUGUCUCGUCAAGCUCGUAUCGCUUCCAAAUCUGUAUCCUUACCUAUAUCGGAUACCAAGACACUACGGUUCGAACUUGUAAAUGAAGCAACCUAUCAGCCUCCACCAGAUUCAAUAACUGAUUACGAUGUCACAUUGAUUGAGUUGUUGGCACGACAAGGGCUACGUGCGAUUCAUCGGGAACGCAGGUCCCAUCUAGAACGUAUUGCUUUGACGGGCUCAACUGCCACUCCCAAAAAGGCAAAGAUCAAUAUGAUAUUGAGCAUUCUUAGAGCCGUUUCUGCGCAGGAAUCAUUCUUGCCACUACACCGUGUCUUGACCAAAACAUUUGAACCUAUCGCGACCCGUAUACCGGUAACACUGACACGUGCCGUGUCUACAGACAAGCACGAAUGGACCGUCACUCUCUUUGACAAGUGGACAAUCACCAUCAGUAAACUAAUCAUACCCCUUCAAGGCUACAUAAGUAACAAGAGCGGCAGCAACCAAUCGAAUGUAUCACUUAAGUCUACAGUAUCGAAUGCCACCAUGGAUUCUAUAGUAGAUGACUCUCAAUUGUUUGAUUUCUUGGCACGAGAAGUGAGGUUGGCUUGUUUGGAUGUGAUUUCUCGUCAAGCACAACAGAUCACGAUGAGUGCGGAGAAUGAUGGAGUAUGGGAAUGGGUUGAGGCGUCUGCUAUUUCUCGUAAGCUUGUAAGGGGUGGGAAAUCUGAAUGGUGUGUGAUUACUGGACAUGGAUCGACAUUCUCGUCAACGGUGUUUGAUGUUACCAUAGGACGUCAGCUCUUGUCCAGGAUUACUUUGAUCUCAUCUGACCCGAAUCGAUUAUUUAUGGAUGAUGUCUCUCAAACGCUUCUCGACCUCUUUAUAUAG